CAAACCCCCAAGUUUGCCCCUCCAUCACAGCUGCGCCUGGGCAAAUUUGUCCACCUUUCCGUUGAUCCCUAGCAAUUUCUACUCAACCUAGUCCUCCGUCAUCUCUCCCUCAUACAUCUUCAAUCUUUCAAAUCUACCAAAAAUAUUCAGCGUUGAAAGCUGUUGUGCCAGGCCCUUUGUUCACACUCCCCAAAAAAAGGUUCAUACCCCGCCAACCCGUUACCCGCGUGCCUCGGGACAUCUCUGAACCCUCCAAACCCGCGAAACCCACUCCCAAAACAGCCGAUUGACGCGGACUCGACCUUCCUCCAUGGUCUCGUAGGAAUCUGCGACCCCCCAUCCCCUUCAACCCCCACCCCCACAGACGACAAACCGCAACGAUGGUCGAGAAAGGCCUAAAGAAGACGAAUGGCCUCGGCGUCCAGGUCGAGAACACAAAGAUAUGUGUCGUCAUGGUCGGCCUGCCUGCUCGCGGCAAGAGUCUGAUUGCACAGAAGGUGACACGAUACCUCAAAUGGCUCUCUAUCGAGGCCAAGGUCUUCAAUGUUGGCACCUACCGCCGCACCGACACCCCAAAACCGACCGCCGACUUCUUCGACACCAACAACCCAGCGGGCGAGAAGAUGCGCCGUGCAGCAGCCGAGGCUGCCCUUUCAGACAUGCUGAAGUGGUUCCGAGCCGGUGAGGGCACCAUUGCCAUCCUCGACGCCACGAACUCGACUCGCGUGCGCCGCCGCUGGAUCUACGACGAGUGCACCAAGGAGGGCAUCGACACGCUGUUUGUCGAGUCCCGCUGCGACGACGAGAGGCUCAUCAUGGCCAACAUCCUCGAGGUCAAGACCACCUCGCCCGACUACCAAGGCACCGAUCCCGAGGCUGCGGCGCUCGACUUUAGGAAUCGCAUCCGCAACUACGAGAAGGUCUAUGAGACCGUCGAUGGGGAUGGCGACGAGAAGGACCUCACAUAUGUCAAGAUUAUGAAUAUUGGUGCUCAGGUCAUCAUCAACCAGAUCCACGACUACCUCCAAUCCCGCAUUGUAUAUUAUUUGAUGAACCUGCACAUAAAACCCCGCUCCAUCUGGCUGUCACGACACGGCGAAUCUAUGUACAACCUUUCCGGCCAGAUCGGUGGCGACGCAGAGCUCUCCUCGCGAGGAAAGCAGUAUGCUCUCAAGCUUCCCGAGCUGGUCCGCCAGUCCGUAGGCGACGGCCGCCCUCUCACAGUCUGGACGUCCACCCUGCGCCGCGCCAUCUCCACCGGGGCCCAUCUCCCCGCAAACUACAACCAACUACAAUGGAAAGCACUCGACGAGCUCGACGCCGGCGUCUGCGACGGUCUCACAUACGCCGACAUCAAGGAGAAGUACCCUGAGGACUUCGCUGCGCGCGAUGAAGACAAGUACAACUACCGCUACCGCGGCGGUGAGUCGUACCGCGACGUUGUCAUCCGCCUCGAGUCCAUCAUCAUGGAGCUAGAGCGAUCAGAGGAUAUCUUAAUCAUCACGCAUCAAGCAGUGCUGAGAUGCAUCUACGCGUACUACAAGGAGAAAUCGCAGUCGGAGUCGCCAUGGAUGGCUGUCCCCUUACACACUCUCAUCAAGCUCACGCCCAAGGCGUAUGGCACGCACGAAGAGCGCACGGCUGCUGGCAUCGACGCCGUCAGCACAUGGCGCGGCAAGGGCUCCGUCGCAAAGCACGAGGACCCAGUCGGCGAACCAACCUUCUGAGAAGACCACACAAGAUCAAUACACCGCGCCGUGCACAGCCUCAACAUCCACAUACACAGCACCCCCACCAAUACGUGACUGGGACGGGUUUCGACCCGGAUGUUUGUUGAGUGCUUAGCGGCCAUGCGCGGGCGGAGGAGGGAUGGGAUGUACACGCGGAAGAGCAUCUGUGCUAUUUACCUGCUGUUAGCGAGGCGUUGGGUCGCAUGGGAAAGAAGGAGGGUUUAGUAAAAAAUGGCUCGGGCUCAGGGGCCUUGGGAUGGCGUCGAGGAGACAUGUUUUGUCACAGUGGGUGACUGGGGCUGGUCGGCCCCCAACGACUGUAUCAUACGUAGCUAGGCUGGCGAGAGAUAGGCAGCUAGGACUAUAUUUGUAGAUGGUAGAGAUACAUAUGUCUGCUUUUGGGGAUGGCAUAAAUAUAGGUUGUCGCUAUGAUUUUGUUGCCCAUGAUAUGAUGGUGGUAAAGGUAUUUGAUUUUGAU